UGACUACUGGAUUGCUAUAGAACCAUCUUCAUCUAUCUUUCAAUUACCUCUAUCUAUCUAUCAAGCCCCUCAUCUCAUCUUACAUAUACGCAUCAAACCUCAACGCAAGCAAGCAACCAUGUCCGCCGAAUCCCUUCCCAUCAGCCCCGCCGCCUUCGCCGAGGCCAUCAAAGAGCUUCCCCUCCCUGUGCUCUACGCGAAAGUCUCCGAGAUCCGCAACUCCAUGGCACACCUCCACCGCUCCAACCAGGAAUUAAGGACAUUUAUCAACGAGUCAUGCGACACGGAAGCCGAAAAGCAAGAACUCGAGGUCUAUAUCAAGGAGAACGAGGACGUCGCGGUGUCGAUGCUGGAGAGGAUCGAGCUACUGAAGACAGAGGUGGAGAACCGGGGACAGAAAUGGAUUGAGCUGGACGAUCCGGAGAAGGAGAAGGCAAAUGGGGAAGCGAAUGCCAAUGGAAAUGGGAAUGGAACAGUGGAAGGGACGGAGGAGGUGCGGAACCCCGCUGCGGGGAAUGAGGACCGGAAUCAAGAUCACGAUCAGGAUCAGGAGGGAGUCUAUCUGUAGUGAUGAACCUCCGUCUGGGUGAUGAAUUCGAGACAAGGAAAGGUACAACGCAAUAUUUGCAAGAUAUCCAUCUGUCGCAUACGGGAUCUUCUAUAUGUGCAGCUACCAACUACCUCACCUACUGCCAAGAGUGUCGCAAUGUUGCAACUUGCAGGCUAUUCAAUCCCUGCUGUCCGUUCAGCCCUCUCUACUGAAUACGGUCAAAGCAUGAGAGACGUCACGCCGCUAAUUGUCUCCAUGCUAGUUGAACUAUCUAGUCCUCCCGGAAGAAGGGCCCUA